AUGGAUACAAGUACUCUUCAGUAUCCACAGAUGGUUCCUGGUGAUCCGAUGGUCACUAGGGUCGUUGCUUACCAGGGUAACGGGCAGCUGGGCCUGAACUUAAUCCUAACGUGCGCGUCGCGGGCGCGUCCCGGGCCCGCCGAUCGUGUGAGCGUAAUUGUGCGUAAUUUCUCGGUGCGUCGAAACUCCGAAAUCCCAAAACUCCGAAAUCCCGAAACUCCGAAAUCCCGAAACUCCGAAAUCUCGAAACUCCGAGAUUCCGAAACACCGAAAUCCCGAAACUCCGAAAUCCCGAAACUCCGAAAUCCCAAAACUCCGAAAUCCCGAAACUCCGAAAUCCCGAAACUCCGAGAUUCCGAAACUCCGAAAUCCCGAAACUCCGAGAUUCCGAAACUCCGAAAUCCCGAAACACCGAAAUCCCGAAACUCCGAAAUCCCGAACCUCCGAAAUCCCGAAACACCUAAAUCCCGAAACUCUGAAAUCCCGAAACUCCGAAAUCCCGAAACUCCGAAAUCUCGAAACUCCGAAAUCCCGAAACUCCGAGAUUCCGAAACUCCGAAAUCCCGAAACUCCGAAAUCCGAAACUCCGAAAUCCCGAAACACCUAAAUCCCGAAACUCCAAAAUCCCGAAACUCCGAAAUCCGAAACUCCGAAAUCCCGAAACUCCGAAAUCCCGAAACACCUAAAUCCCGAAACUCCAAAAUCCCGAAACUCCGAAAUCCCGAAACUCCGAAAUCCCGAAACUCCGAAAUCCCGAAACUCCGAAAUACCGAAACUCCGAAAUCCGGAAACUCCGAAAUCCGGAAACUCCGAAAUCCGGAAACUCCGAGAUUCCGAAACUCCGAAAUCCCGAAACUCCGAAAUCCCGAAACUUCGAGAUUCCGAAACACCUAA